CCGGUAUUGUUAAGGAUUGUAGUCUUAAAAUAAUUUCGCCUGGCAACAUUAUCGUUCAAACUUAAAAAAAAAACUAUACUUCCCCCUUCUCGUAUCGCGAAUGUAACAUGUCGGGCGCAUCUCGCUGCGCUAAUUAUUAUUUUCGAAUAUUAUCGUCUCGGUUCAUCUAAAAGAUUCAAUUUUGUCUGUAAACUGUGUGUACUCAUUGUGGAAGGCUAAUCAGUUGAAGAAGCACUGCUCCUGCUCCGUUUCGGUGUCCACGCUGGUCCAGGUAACUCGGAUUCGAGGUAAGUCUAGACGAGCCGAAGGUCUGAGAAGCCUGCGCCAGCCUCCACCGAGAGCUGCACCGUCAUCUACAGCUCAGCAAGGUGAGUGCUUUUACCAAUUGACCUAGCCUGUCCUAAGUUCCACGGUAUAUCGUUUCGUAUUUCGUCUCGUAAUUCGUUGAAUACAGUCCACAUAAUUUUUAAAUAUCGAAGUAAAAUAAUCCCCUUAACAUUUUUUGGUCCCACGAUCCGGAUAACUUGUAAGGUGACCGUGGUUAUUUUCGCUUUAAAUAUCAAUUUUCGUCAAUAAAUUGUUCAUUGUAAAAUCAUAAAAGCAUUGGAGGGUAAGAUUGAAACACUUGGCUUGGGCGUUUUUCCGUUAGUUAAACUAUCGAGCGUUUAGUUCAUAGACUAAAAUUGUGUGUCGAAUUAAUUACGUUUCUGAACGCAACUUUUAGCUGUCAUUUUUGACAAGUUGUCAAUUGAAAAUCAUAACCUAUCAUUGUUAUCGAAUCAAAUAGUUUUGUUGUUGUUUUAGUGAUUCAAUAUACAUAUUUUUACAAAAUAAACAUGACACUUGGUGGGGAUUCGUCCGAAAGUUUCGACAAGAGCCGUCUGGUGAUAGGUCAAGUGAAUUAGAAAUAUCAUCACAGUUCGAACAAAUGGUAAAAUCCAUAAAAAUACGUUUAGCGGAAAUAAAACCUGAAGUGUUAAAUAAAAGUGACAGUUGCGGUUCAAGUUCGAGUGUUAAAUUACCUAAAAUUAAUAUAGUUCCUUUCGAUUCGAAAAUUGAGAAUUGGGUGUCGUUCAUCCAGAUCUUUGACUCGCUGAUUCACAGUAAAAAUAUCCCGGCAGUAGAAAAACUGCACUAUUUGUUGUCGAGUGUUACCGGCCAUGCUUUCGACUUAAUUAAAAAUUACCCAUUAUGUGAUGAAAAUUAUUUAAUGGCCUAUAACACACUAAAAUUUCAUUUUGAGAAAAAAAGGGUGAUUGCCAGUAUAUUUUAUGAAAAAAUAUUAAACUGUGAGGCGGCGAAGUCCAAAACUGCAUCGGAAUUAGUUAGAGUUUGUCGAACCUUUAAGGAAAACUUAGAAAUUUUAUCAAAGUAUCAAUUGCCUGACAGGAACUUUAUGUUAUUCCAUGCACUUUGGUCAAAAUUAGAUGUUAGUAGUAAGGAAGCUUUUGAGUUGCAACUUGAAUCAAACACAGAAAUUCCCAGUUAUGAGGAAUUAAUUUCGUUUAUUGAAAAGCGGAGCCAGGCAUUAGAGAACAGCGUUGGUAAGUCGUUAAUAUUAUCUAGUAAACCAGUGUAUAGUAAGCCAGUGUCGAAUAAGGCUAAGCCUGCUCUCCUUGUGCCGCCAGUGAGCAACUGUGCUAUGUGUUCCGCACCGGGACACAAAUUGGAUAACUGUACAAAAUUUUUGGAACUGCAGCCAUUGGAAAGGUUUGCUCAGGUUAAGGAGAGGAGACUUUGCAUACUUUGUUGUAGGCCAUCCCACUCGGUUAAAAAUUGUAAAUCAUCGGUGACUUGUGGCAUCUGUAAGCACAGACACCACACAUUAUUGCAUUUCGAAAAGGAUAAGGAGUUGGAACCAACAGCUCCGCCGACCCAAGUGGCAUUGGCUGUGCAUAAUGCAAAUGCACCAAGUUUAUUCUCGACAGCUAUCGUGCUGAUAAAAAAUAAAUUUAAUAAUUUUGUACCAAUUCGAAUGCUGACGGACAAUGCCUCGGCUUGUAACUUUGUAACAUUGAAGUGCGCUCAAAAACUUGGAAUACCAAUUAGAAAUAAUUCACCAACGGUGAACGGUGUUGGUCUGUCAUCGACUGACACUUUUGGAAUUGUCGAUUGUGAGAUAGUUCCUUCGAAUGGGGACUCCUCAUGGAAAUUUUCGUUUGAAGCGUUCGUGCUUCCCAAGAUCUGCCAUGAUAUGCCACCAGAACCACUGAAUGUGUCUUCUUGGAGGCAUCUGAAGGAUUUAGAUCUUGCUGAUCCGUCUUUCCACAAAUCUGGACCUAUAGACAUGUUGGUUAACGUCAACCUUUUCGCUGCUGCACUACAAUCUGGCGUUGUCAAGGGCAACGCAGAUGAGCCCAUAGCUGUCCGCACUGUUUUCGGCUGGUUGGUGAUGGGUGAGUGCCCUAUAAACGUUAACACUUCUCGUUCUCGUUGUCAUAAAGGUUCAGAAGGUGAUACUCAGAGGUGCUAUCUCGUGUCGAGUCUAUCAUUAGACAAUAAUAUCAAGCGCUUCUGGGAACUGGAAAGUGUAGAUCCUCCCAAAAAUAUCGUUUUGUCGAAAUCAGAAAUGUCGUGUGAAAACCAAAUGGAAACUUCAUAUUGUCGCACUCCCGAGGGUAGGAUGGUCGUACCAUUAACUUAUGUCGACCCUCAGGAUAAACCCAGGUUUUCAAAUUCUCGUGAGAUAGCUCUCAAGCGUCUCUUAAAUUUAGAGAGGAAAUUCAAAUUGAAUCCUCAGUUUCGGACAGCUUAUGUCAAUUUCAUGGAUGACUACCUUAGUUGUGGCCACAUGGUGGAAGUUGAUCCUCCCUUGUCGUUUGAAGGUCAACUUCACAAUGUCGAAAACGUCCAUGAUUUAUCGUUAUCGUUAAAAAUUCUCGGUUUGUCGUGGCUUCCCAAGGAAGAUACUUUCACAUUCAAGACCUCCUUGAAUGAUUGUCGUUGUAUGAAGCGAUCGAUCCUCUCGGACAUCGCUCGUAUUUUUGAUCCUCUGGGUCUAUUGUCGCCUGUCGUAUUUUUCGCAAAAUAUUUAAUACAACUUCUAUGGGUUUCUGGUGUCGAUUGGGACAGCGAGGUUCCUAUCGCUAUCGCUCAAGAAUGGCGUAAAUUCAAAUCGCAAUUGGCGGAAAUGAGCUCGUUGUCCAUUCCCCGUAGAAUGGUUGUAUCUUUCGUAUCGUUACAGCUUCACGUGUACUGUGACGCCUCGGAGAAGGGUUACUGUGCUGUCAUUUAUUGUCGUGUCGUUCAAAAUGACGGAUCCGUUGUCGUGCGUCUUUGUUGCGCUAAAACGAAAGUGGCCCCACUUCGUAAAUGUUCUAUCCCGAGAUGUGAGCUGUUAGCUGCUGUCUUGUUGUCGGAUUUGAUUGUCUCGUUUACAGAAGCUCUAAAAGAUUUUCACACUUUUGAUGAUAUCCACGCUUGGUCAGAUUCUACUGUCGCGCUGACUUGGAUUCGUUCGUGUCCAUCAAAGUGGAAAACUUUUGUGGCUAAUAGGGUUGCGCACAUACAAGAGAACGUCCCCCCUGAAAAUUGGCACCACGUUUCUGGCUCGGAUAAUCCAGCGGAUUGCGGCUCCCGCGGUUUGUUACCUGCUGAUUUAAUUCAGAAUACGCUAUGGUGGGCGGGGCCUACUUGGCUGUCUAAUCCUCAAGAAUCUUGGCCACAAUCUGAGAUCCUUUCAGAUCAAGCUGCUUCGAACGAGCAAAAAAUCUAUAGUUUGUUCACACACUCUAAUAUAUCGUUGAUUGACAACAUCUUGAGCAGAUUCUCGUCUUUACAACGCAUAUUGCGUAUAUUCGCUUAUUGUUUUCGGUUCAUGCAUAACUUGCAAAAAUCAUUGUCGAAAAUCACAGAUCCGAACUUGUCGUCUGAAGAAAUUACGAAAGUUCUUCACUUUCUCGUGAAACAUGUCCAGGAGCGAGCUUUCGCUUCAGAAUUGCGGUGCUUGUUGACAGAUAAGUCACCCCACUCUCUAUCGAAGCCCAUGCGGAAAUUGGCGCCGUUUGUGGAUGAGCGUGGAAUGCUAAGGGUGGGCGGUCGCCUGUCUAAAGGAGACCUGUCGUUCGAUGUGAAACAUCCACUAUUAUUGCCUCGUGAUCAUAGGUUGACUACGCUGAUCAUUGAGGAUUACCAUCACCGGUUUAUGCACCCUGGAUUGCAAACAUUGCAAAAUUUAUUAGCCCAAGAAUUCUGGGUUCUAUCGGCAAGAAGGGCUAUAAAUUCGGUUAUUUCAUCUUGUAUGAAGUGCUUUCGCGCUCGGCCUAAAGUGGCAUCUCCUCCAAUAAUGGGCAACUUACCAUCGUUUCGAAUUAAUCAAAUUAAACCAUUUUCGUCAGCGGCAGUAGAUUACGCUGGUCCCUUUGAUACUUGUUUGGCCCGGGGCCGUGGUCUACGCACAUUUAAAUCGUAUAUUUGCGUUUUCGUAUGCACUGCCACCAAAGCAGUACAUCUUGAGCUGGCCUCAGAGCUCACCACAGAGGCAUAUCUCGCAGCUCUGCGCCGUUUCAUUUCGCGCCGCGGUCGGUGCUCUAGGCUGAUCUCGGAUCAGGGUAGAAACUUUAUUGGCGCAUCCAAUAUGCUCCAAGAAUUCAUGGCCAAGGCUUCACGUGCAGAACAAAUAAAUUUCGUUUUUAACCCGCCCGGCAGCCCACAUUUCUCGGGGUUAGCCGAGGCUGGUGUAAAGUCAGUAAAGACACAUCUCGCUCGCGUCGUGGGCUCUCAGCGCCUUACAUUUGAGGAAUUCUAUACCAUUUUGACCCAAAUUGAGGCGAUGCUGAACUCACGGCCUUUGUCCCCCGUCAGCUCGGACCCAAACGACCUGUCAGUUUUGACCCCCGGACAUUUCCUUACUUUGGAGCCGCUCACCAUAUUGCCUGAAAGCAACAUGGUAGAUGCGAAAUUAGGUACACUUCAGAGAUGGAAAUUAUUACAAAAGAUCCAUCAAGAUUUCUGGCGCAAGUGGCACCUCGAAUAUCUGCACACAUUGCAGCAGCGCCACAAGUGGUUCGAUGGUCAGAAAAACAUUGUCGUCGGGACGCUCGUGCUCAUUGUCAAUGAGCAAUGUAGCCCCAUGAAGUGGAAAAUUGGCCGAGUGGUACAACUCCAUCCAGGAAGUGACGGGAUUUGUCGUGUUGUCACAGUUCGCACAGAAUCGGGCGAACUUAAACGUCCGAUAGUUAAACUGUGUCCCUUACCUUUGCAAAACUAGUGUUAAUUCACUAUCUUAUAGUCAUAAGUAUUAAUUUCAUCGUAAAUUUAGAUUAAAGAAAAAAAUAUAUAGUAAUAAGAAAAUAAACCCUGAGCCAUGUCGAUUCUAUUUUAUCCUCAGCUGACAAUAACAGUACAACCUUGUGGAAAAUACGUUGUAUUUUGGUGGGCGGAAAAUGUUAAGGAUUGUAGUCUUAAAAUAAUUUCGCCUGGCAACAUUAUCGUUCAAACUUAAAAAAAAAACUAUACUUCCCCCUUCUCGUAUCGCGAAUGUAACAUGUCGGGCGCAUCUCGCUGCGCUAAUUAUUAUUUUCGAAUAUUAUCGUCUCGGUUCAUCUAAAAGAUUCAAUUUUGUCUGUAAACUGUGUGUACUCAUUGUGGAAGGCUAAUCAGUUGAAGAAGCACUGCUCCUGCUCCGUUUCGGUGUCCACGCUGGUCCAGGUAACUCGGAUUCGAGGUAAGUCUAGACGAGCCGAAGGUCUGAGAAGCCUGCGCCAGCCUCCACCGAGAGCUGCACCGUCAUCUACAGCUCAGCAAGGUGAGUGCUUUUACCAAUUGACCUAGCCUGUCCUAAGUUCCACGGUAUAUCGUUUCGUAUUUCGUCUCGUAAUUCGUUGAAUACAGUCCACAUAAUUUUUAAAUAUCGAAGUAAAAUAAUCCCCUUAACAGG